GAGUGAGUUUGGGGUAAAAGUGAGUUUGGUGCAAAUGGCAAAGUAUGUUUGGGUGCCAAACUGAAAUCUAAAGACAGAAAUAGUUAGUUGGUGUGAAUAGAGAAAAGAUGCUGAAGGGAACAUUUCAAAGCUUGGUAUUGGUAUCAGCAUCGAGAAGAAACCAUGUUCAUGUGAAAUGGAAGCACUUAUUUGGCAAUUGUGCCAGAAGCAUGAGCAGCAAUGAAACUGGUAGAAGAAUCAUGGACUCAGUUCCAAGGGAGAAAGUGGACUGUGUGGUUAUAGGGGCUGGUGUGGUGGGAAUAGCAGUGGCAAGAGCACUAGCACUCAAGGGAAGGGAGGUUUUGGUCAUUGAAUCAGGAUCCACUUUUGGCACAGGUACCAGUUCUCGAAACAGUGAGGUUAUUCAUGCUGGAAUCUAUUACCCUCGUGAUUCUUUGAAGGCGAUUUUUUGUGUAAGAGGAAGAGAAAUGCUGUAUGAGUAUUGCUCCAUGCAUGAUAUUCCACAUAAACAAGUUGGUAAGCUAAUAGUGGCUACUCGAUCUUCUGAGAUUCCGAAGCUGAAUGAUAUUUUAAAUCAUGGUAUUCAAAAUGGGGUUGAUAGUUUGGAGAUGAUAAAUGGGGCUAAGGCCAUGAAAAUGGAACCAGAAUUGCAAUGCGUGAAAGCAAUACUGUCACCUUUGUCUGGGAUUGUUGAUUCUCAUUCUUUAAUGCUUUCGCUAGUGGGCGAAGCUGAAAAUCACAGAACAACCUUCACAUACAAUUCAACCGUCAUUGGUGGCCAUCUUGAAGGAAAGGAGAUUUGUCUCCAUAUAUUAGAAACUAAGUGUCUUAAAGAAUGGGACGGAACAUCAAUUUUGCACCCGGAACUCAUACUAGUUCCUAAACUCCUAGUGAACUCUACAGGCCUAAGUGCCCCCGCCCUUGCAAAAAGAUUUACCAGUCUACAAAGUGAAGUUAUUCCUCCUUCCUACUAUGCUCGUGGUUGCUACUUCACGUUAUCUGAUACCAAAGCCAGUCCUUUCAGACAUUUGAUAUAUCCUAUACCAGAGGAUGGUGGCCUUGGAGUGCAUGUUACUCUAGACUUGAAUGGUCAGAUCAAGUUUGGCCCCGAUGUUGAAUGGAUUGAUGGUGUUGAUGAUAUCUCAAGCUUUCAAAAUAAGUUUGACUAUUCAGUACAUGCAAAUCGUGCUGAGCAGUUUUAUCCAGCCAUAAGAAGUUACUACCCAAAUCUGAAGGAUCGAGCUUUGGAACCAGGAUAUGCAGGGAUCCGACCUAAACUUUCAAGACCUGGUCAGUCACCUGUUGAUUUUGUAAUACAGGGAGAGGAUAUUCAUGGGAUACCUGGUCUUGUUAAUCUUUUUGGAAUUGAGUCACCUGGGUUAACCGCAAGCUUGGCAAUUGCAGAUUUUGUAUCUACUAGACUUUUGGGAUGAUACAAGCAUGCUAUGCUACUGAACCAUAUUGUUAUUGUUGCACCUGAAGUCUUGCAACUAUAAGCUAAAAUCGAGUACUAGGUCGAUUGUCGUUGUAUAAUAUUGUUUGUGGCGAUGUCUACAGCUGCCAGCCUGAUCAGGGUCUUAUAUCUUUUUGGUAUCAAACUUAGAUGAUGUACAUCAAUAGUUGUGAUGGAGUUUUAUCCUUUUUUUCUUGGUGUA